UUUAAGCGUCUCCUCGGCGCAACGGCCACACCUCCUCCUCCUCCCCCCCCCCCCCCCCCCUCUCUCCUCGCCGCCUGCCUGUUCCUCCCUCGUCGCAGCGCCGGCCGCCUCGCCGCCAUGAACAACCUACUCUCGGAUUCAUUUGAGCUCCCUCGUCGGGAUUCUUCGAGGGAUGGGGAUAUUGAAAUGGGAAUGCAUCAGGCUGAUGCUUCAGACAACUUAAAAGAUUUCUUGAAAAAGGUCGAUGCGAUCGAGGGCCUAACUGCUAAGCUCGCAAACCUCUUGAAUAAGCUUCAGACUGCUAAUGAGGAAUCAAAAGCAGUUACAAAAGCAAGUGCCAUGAAAGCAAUUAAGCAGCGGAUGGAGAAAGAUAUUGAUGAAGUGGGGAAAAUUGCUCGUCUGGCAAAGACAAAAGUUGAUGAACUGGAAAAAGAUAACUUAUCGAAUAGGCAGAAACCUGGAUGUGGAAAGGGGUCUGCAGUAGAUCGAUCAAGAGAGCAGACUACUGGAGCAGUGAAAAAGAAAUUGAAGGAACGGAUGGACGAUUUUCAGGUUUUGAGAGAAGCGAUCCGGCAGGAGUAUCGGGAGGUUGUUGAGAGAAGGGUUUUUACAGUUACUGGUAAUCGUCCUGAUGAAGAGACAAUUGAUGAUUUAAUAGAAACUGGAAAAAGUGAGCAGAUUUUCAAAGAUGCGAUCCAACAGCAGGGAAGAGGCCAGAUAUUGGACACUGUUGCUGAAAUACAAGAGAGACAUGAUGCUGUAAGGGAUCUAGAGAGGAAGCUUCUGGAGUUGCAGCAGAUAUUCCUGGAUAUGGCAGUUCUGGUUGAGGCACAAGGAGACAUGAUCAACCACAUCGAGACACACGUUUCAAAUGCUACCAAUCAUAUACAGCAAGGUGUGAGCGCCCUCCAGAAUGCAAAGAAGCUGCAGAAGAACUCGAGGAAGUGGAUGUGCUACGCCAUCAUCCUACUGCUGGUGAUUGUUGUGAUCAUCGUCGUUGCGGUCAUCCAACCAUGGAAGAAGGGUGCUUAGCGAGGCUCCAAACCGGCAGAGCGUGGGAUCUACAUUGCUUUUCUGCUUGUGUAAUAUGUGUGUAGUUUUGUGCCUGAUUCAUGAUUUAUCGAUGUACCUAUGUUCCACACAAACACAACAGAGAUUCUGCCUGCCCUUUGGCAUUUUUAUUCAUGCUAUAUGGGAUAGUUGGAUAAUAACACUCCAAUUGCCCCAACUCUGUGAAGCACCGCUGCAAUCGUAAGCCUAUGAAAAAUGACACUUCAAUGGUCAAAUACUAUUGUUAUUUUACUUUAA